AUGUUUCACGUGGUGUUCGGUGUGCAGGGUUUGCAAUGCCUCGAACAGCGAGUCUUUGUCUGUGAUCUUCAAGUCGAGCAGGAGCUCGAGCUCGAGCUGGUUCGGCGUGAUCACGUCGACCAGGCCGGAGUGAACGAUCUUGCGAUACACCGGUAUCACGUCCUGGCUCACGUAGAUCUGGCCGUCGUCGCCCAUGACCGGGUCGAGCAGCCAGAGACAGUCUGGGUGGGCUUUCUUGACGUCUGUGCACAUUUCCCCGACCGCGGCCAAGGAGUCGGCGCCGUGGAUGUACCCGGUGAGCACAGCGUUGUACUUGACGCCGAUCUGCUUGAGUCCAGCGUACAUCUCGGCCAAUUUCUCGCCCGUAACAACCUCGCCGUAGAACUUGCCGUACCCGGUGUGGUUGGAGAAAUUGACGGUGUUGAGCACGUCAACGUUCCACCCGAGCAUCUGCAGCGGGAACGUCGCGGCCUUGUUGCCCACGUACCCGUGGAUAACGUGCGACUGUAUAGAUAA